AUGGCUGGCAACCGCCACAACGACCCCGCCGACGACCCGCCCCCCUUCCCCGCCGCCCCGCCCCACGGCCACCGCGCCCGCUUCGGCUACCGCCCGCCCCCGUACGGCCCUUACAACCCCUACGCCGCCUACCCAGGCCCAUAUCCCGGAGGCAUCUACGAAGACUACUCGGACGAUGAGUAUGACGACUACGAUGGCUACGGCUACGGGGGCUAUGGCGGCUAUGGCGGCCACGGAGGCUAUGGAAGGGGCUAUGGUGGGUACGGCGACUGGGACGACGAUGAAUAUGGAUACGGUUUCGGUGGUUAUGGUGGUGGGUACGGCUUCGGUGGGGGACUGGGCUAUCCAUUCGGCAGGGACGGCUAUGGCAUGUACGACGACGUGCCGCCGCCUGCUCCGGCCGCUCCAGCGCCGGCUCCAGCUCCGGCUGCUGAUGCGCCAGCGCCUCCGCCUCCAGAUCCAAACACCAUUGGCUUGGUCAACGCGCUUGCGAAUGCGCCCCCCGGCCCGCGCCACAUCUACCGUGCGGGUGUCACGCAGCUGCACAGCAGCGGCUACGUGACGCUGCAUGUAAUCCUGAACGGCCUCAAGCCUUGGGAGGCGGGGGCGGCGGGCCAGCGGCCAGAGUUCCAGAUCGUCGAGGCCGAUGCCGAGUGGCCUGUACGACGGCUGAUGGACUCGGUGGGAAAGAAGGGCCCUGGAUGGGUGCUUACGGAGGCGGUCGAGUUGGGAGCAGGAACUUGGCGGAAGGGAACGAGCAUUAAGUGGGAGGACGAUAUCGCCAUGGAGCCGUUGGAGAAUGUGGGGUGGAGUGGACGGAGGGGCGGGAGGUUGCCGCCCGUUUGGUUGGCCGUGCAUAGGGCUUAG